AUGGCAAAGAUUGAUGGUCGCAUCCACAUCUCUUCAUGUGUCGACUCCACCACUGGCUUGAUUACAUUUGAGGAACAAUGUGUCACUGGCGAAGAAGGUCUGCUGUGCGCAGUGUGUCUCGAAACAAUCGGAUUUGGGGCCAAGGCUGCUGCAGUUGUUGACACCCAGCGCCACUGCGCGCUUUGCCAGCUUGCGGCUGAUCCAGAGAAUGGCGAGGCACUGCGAAGUCACAUCAUGCACACGUGGUGUGCGGAAGGGGUCGGCCUAGAAGCCUGUCCUGCUUGUUCGAGCCCGUCCUCGGGGAAGGGCAAGAAGCCGGCGCCAAUCGCUCGCAUCGGUUUCGACAUCGGAGGGGUCAUCGUGCGGCACCGUGACAUGUUUGAUUCGGAGGUCGACACCGCAGGGCUCACCGGAGAGGACUACCUGGAGGUGCAGGCCGCCCCUCUGGCGCUGGAAUCCCUCGCAGCGGUCGUGGCCUGUUUGGGAGCUGGGAACGUGCACAUCAUCUCCAAGUGCGGGCCGGAAACCGAGUCGAGGACGCGGCAGUGGAUGGAUAAAACGGGGUUCUUUGAGAAGACGGGCAUUCAACGGGAGAAUCUGCACUUCUGCCGAGAUGUGAAGGAUAAGGCCCCCAUUGUAGCAGAGCUGCGCUUGGAUGGCUUCGUGGAUGAUCGCAUCGAUGUCCUUCGGCCGAUGCUGUCGCUUCCUGGGGUGAGGCCUCUUCUUUUCAUGCCGAAUCAAGAGGUGCUCGGACGGUCCCCGGUGUUCUGGAUACCGCGCGUGGAGAAGCUGGCAGGCUGGGCAAGCGUGCUUGCCAUACUUCAGGCGCCUGACGUGGGCCGUUCUGAAAUCGAGCUGAGAGCUUCUGGGAGACGUGUGCCAUCACCUGACAUGCCAAAGCCCAGUCCCUAG